AUGAAAGCUUUUCAAGGAGCCUCUUCCUCUAGUAUUCAACGGUGGACUUACGAUGUAUUUUUGAGUUUUAGAGGCAAAGAUACUCGCAAAACUUUUAUUGCCCAUCUAUACACAGCUUUGCGUCGAAACGGUAUCAACACCUUCAUGGACGACAAGCUUAGAAGCGGAGAUGAAAUUUCACCAGCACUUCUCAAAGCCAUUGAAGAGUCAACAAUUUCAAUCAUUGUACUCUCUAAAAACUAUGCAUCAUCCCAUUGGUGCUUGGACGAGUUGAUAAAGAUCCUCGAGUGUAAAAAAAUAUGGAAGCAACAUGUUCUGCCGGUCUUCUAUCAUGUAGAUCCAUCGGAAGUACGGAAUCAAACCAAUAAUGUUGGAGAAGCAUUCGUUAAACUUGAAGAAAGGUUUAAGCAUCAUCAUAGGAAGGUGCAGAGUCGGAAGACAGCUCUAUCACAAGUGGCCAAUUUUUCCGGGAAGCUUUUGGGGAACAGGCAUUUCUAA